AUGUCUAGAGAGUUUGAGAAACAGUUCAAUAACCUUACUUUGGAAUUACUUAACGAGCAAGAAAGACAACUGCUCUACAAGAGUCUGACCAGAUAUUUGAGAAACAAAAACGUGACAGAAUUUGCCGUAACUGUUAGAGAAAUCUGCGACACACCAUUCAAGGCCGUCCUGCUAGAUUACAUCCGGGGAUAUUUACCAAAGUCGGAUAAGAAACAGUUUGAUAAAACUACUGCCCUCAGCCGGAGGGAAUACAUUGCAGGGAUGGAGGUCGUCCCCAGGUCAAAGUUCACAGGUCGCAUAACCACUCCGCCAAACAGCGUCCUUGCCACGGCUACAGAACGAUUGGUGACAAUUUGUGGAUCUCGUGGUGAGUCUAUGGGCUUCAGUGUCAGGGGUGGAUCAGAGUUUGGUCUUGGCAUCUACGUGAGUCACGUGAAAGCAGCUUCUCCAGCAGGGGAAGCUGGACUUCGAGCAGGAGAUCACAUCAUAAAAGUAAACGGAAUUGACUUCCAGUGUAUUGCCAACAGCAGUGCCGUUAAGGUGCUGUCCAACACUGCUCUCCUCAACCUUGUCGUUAUCCGCUGUGGCAAGAUACCGGAGUGGAAAGUCGCCAGGCAGAGAGUACUUUGGUAUGACGUCUCCCUCUCUCGCAUAGUCAGCAACCCUCCAAUCAGUGAGGCCCGAUCUCCUGGAGCCCAAACAACCACGUUCCCUGAGAGAAAACUUGUUAUCAACAUUGGCAAAGAAUCAGAUUUUAUUGGCUUGAACAUCAGAGGAGGCAAAGAAUAUGGCAUUGGUAUUUACGUUUCAAGAGUGGAUUCUGGCGGUCUUGCCUCUCAUAUAGGGCUGGCAGCUGGUGAUCAGAUUGUCAGAGUGAACGACAUCGACUGUCUGUCCAUCACUCACAGUGAUGCUGUUGAUGCUCUGAGAUCCAGUACACACCUCAUUAUUACCAUCAGGCCUGUUGGGAAGUACCCUGUGUUCAAAGAGCUGUAUGCUGAGUAUACUUGGAGUGAUGUCAGUAGUUUUGGUCCUGCAACAACCAGCAACAUCACCAUACACAACAGACUAGUGGCAGCACCGGGCGACAAUUCAUCCGGAAAAUAUUCCCACAGAACCAGGACCAGAGAGAGCAGCAUUGAUCUAUCGCCACCAAUAACCGGCUCAAACAAUAUAUAUAGCAGCCUGGAUUUGCAUGACGCUUUAGACGAGCUCAGUGUUACUUCCGAAGUUGAGUCUCAAGUCUGCUACCCAGGAGAUAAGGACAUCAUGUUUAGAAGGAACCAAGAUGAUACAUGGCAAGAUAUAGACAGUGUCAGUGAAAACUAUGCUUAUUCUCACAAGUCGUGGGCAGCAGAGAAAACUGACAGCUUGCGCAACUACCAUGACGACUCAGAUCUCAGUGAUCAUGUCCUGGACUAUGCAACCUUCCUUGAACAUGCAGCUAUGAAAGAACAACAAGAAAAGAAAGUAAAAUCGCAGCGGGCUGAAACAUCGAGUUUCUUGAAAGAUGAUAGUGUAGUUAUUGAAACUGUCAUAGAAGAAAGAGUAACAUCCUUUGCAGCAGAUCCUAGUUCAUCUUCGUUUGCAAGAUAUGAGGAAACUUCAGAUAAUACUGAUCAGAUCUACUCUCAAGUACAGGAUCUCACAGGAAAAGCAAGACCUGGCCAUUCAAGAUCAAGCACAUCAUCCAGUACCCACUCCAUCCCAGUCUAUGCAACUGUUAACAAAAAAGCCAGCAGCAAUAACACUGAGUCCUUAAGAGAGCUCGAUGUCAUCAGUUUUGGGGUGCACAGCAGUGACAGCAGGCUGGGUAAUAGUGACAGAGAAGAAACAAUUGUCAAGGAGGUGAUUGCAUCACAGAUAGAGAGACUGGAGGCUCGAAAGUCAAGCCUGGGUACAAAGGAAAUCACAAGGAUGACGGAAGGGUCGGUGUCUUCUAGAA